CCUAACGACACUGCAGAGUUGUGUAACAUGUUCUGUAUAAAAGCUCGUGUCUCGAGAAUUUUAGUGAAAAGCUCUUUUAAAACGUUUGAUUUUACAAGAACCAUGUCAAUGCUUGUAGAAAAAGUGAAUUUUGCUUCAGAAAACGCAAAGGGCGAAUGUCCAGCUGUGUUUGUAAAAGGAAAAGACUCCAGCAGUUCACGUGGACUGAUAGUCUUGCAGGAAUGGUGGGGAAUGAACCAACAGAUUCAGGAUCAAGCUGCAGAGAUCGCAGAGAAAGGAGAUUUUGUGGCUUUAGUUCCUGAUCUGUAUCGAGGAAAGGUUGCUACUGAUCAUGAGACAGCUGGUCAUUAUAUGAAUGAUUUGGAUUGGCCUGGUGCAAUACAAGAUAUUACAGGUGCUGCAAAGUAUCUUCUCUCCAAAGGCUGUACCAAAGUAGGUGUCACAGGUUUCUGUAUGGGCGGGGCUUUGUCACUCGCAUCAGCUGCACUGGUUUCCCAAAUCUCUGCAUCAGCACCAUUCUAUGGGAUCCCAGGUGAAGCGUUGUGUGAUGUCAGUAAAAUAAAAAUCCCAAUACAAUGUCAUUUUGGUGAAUUAGAUGAUCUUGUUGGCUUUUCUUCACCGAAAGAUGUUGAAGCUUUGAAAGCCAAACUUGAGGCUGGUGGGGUUAAUUUUGAAAUACACAACUACAAAGCAGGUCACGCAUUCACCCACAAGGGUGGGGCAGGUUAUAAUAAAGAAGCAUGUGAGCUUAGCUUGCAACGUAUGAUGGAUUUUAUGAAGAAGAACAUCUAGAUUAAUAGUCCUAAGGAUUAGAUUAAGAUGGAAUGGCUAAAGCGUGAUUUGUGUAGCUUUGUGGCUUGAUAAACAAAGUUGAGUUAGACUCUUCAUAUUAGAAAGAUGUGACGUUAUUCAUGUGCGAAACGUAAAGAAAAACUGACAUAUAAUAUUUGUAGUCAUAACAGAGUAGCAUAUUUCACUAAAUAUAAACAGAGGCUUCAAUUUUCACUGGAGAUUUUUGUUGUCA